GUCAGAGCAGCGAGUGUGGCAGCUUCAGCAGAAAGUGAAAACACACACACACACACACACACACACACACACACACACCCCCGCUACCGACCCGUGUGACAUGGUGACACCGUCGGCCAGAACCGACACCAGAGACAGAUCUAUUUAACAGCGUCUGCAUCACUGGCAACUUUGCCUACUCACCCCCUCCCCCUGCCCCUUUCGCCUGCCAUGCCUUUGGAUUGAGGUGCUCUCCCUCCAGCCCACCACCCACAGACUGACAGUGAGUGCAUCAUGGUGGAUGUAACCAAAUGGCCCCUUUUCAGCCUGAUGGGGCCGCAGGAGCUCUCUGCAAUACGGAAAGCGUGCGUUUUUGGAAUGUCUGCUAAUGAAACCAUCUACAUCACCAACGAUGAUGAGGUGUAUGUAUUUGGGUUGAACUGCAGUAACUGCCUGGGAACAGGGGACAGCCAGAGCACCAUUAUACCCAAGAAGGUGGACUUCCUGAGUGGGAGGAAGGUGGUCAGCCUGAGCUAUGGCAGCGGACCCCACAUCUUGCUGGCCACAGAGGAUGGAGAGCUAUUUGCUUGGGGCCAUAAUGGUUACAGCCAACUGGGAAAUGGGACAACCAACCAAGGAGUAGCUCCGGUGCUUGUGUCUGCCAGCCUGCUCAAUAAGAAGGUCACAGAGGUGGCCUGUGGCUCUCACCACUCAAUGGCUCUGACUGACUCAGGAGAAGUGUAUGCAUGGGGCUACAACAACUGUGGUCAAGUGGGUUCAGGCUCCACGGCGAACCAGCCCACACCCCGCAGAGUGUCCAGCUGCCUGCAGAACAAAGUGGCUGUCGGUAUCGUCUGUGGUCAGACCUCGUCUCUGGCGGUGUUGGACAAUGGAGAGGUGUACGGUUGGGGCUACAAUGGGAAUGGACAACUUGGACUUGGAAAUAAUGGGAACCAGCUUACUCCCUGUCGCCUUGUAGCUCUGCAGGGUUUAUGUGUGCAACAGAUUGUCUCAGGCUAUGCCCACUCCCUGGCACUAACAGAUGAGGGGUUGCUUUAUGCUUGGGGUGCCAACACAUAUGGACAGCUGGGCACCGGCAACAAGAGCAACCAGCUGAGCCCAGUUCAGAUCAUGGCUGAGAAAGAGAGAAUCGUGGAGAUUGCUGCUUGUCACUCCACACACACAUCAGCUGCUAAAACCCAGAGUGGUCAGGUGUACAUGUGGGGCCAGUGCAGGGGCCAGUCUAUAGUACUGCCUCACCUCACGCACUUUACCUGCACCGACGAUGUCUUUGCAUGCUUCGCCACCCCCUCAGUUAUGUGGAGGCUUCUUACGAUGGAGCACGAUGACUUCUUGACCGUGGCUCAGUCUCUGAAGAAAGAGUUUGACAACCCAGAGACAGCUGACCUCAAGUUUUGCGUUGACGGCAAAUAUAUCUACAUCCACAAAGCAAUUCUCAAAAUCAGGUGUGAACACUUCAGAUCCAUGUUCCAGUCCCACUGGAAUGAAGACAUGAAGGAGGUGAUUGAGAUAGACCAGUUCUCCUACCCAGUGUACCGCUCAUUCCUAGAGUUCCUUUACACGGACAAUGUGGAGCUGCCUCCUGAGGAUGCUAUUGGGCUGCUGGACUUGGCCACGUCAUAUUGUGAGAACCGCCUGAAGCGUCUAUGUCAGCAUAUUAUAAAGAGGGGAAUCACUGUUGAAAACGCCUUCUCCCUGCUGUCUGCUGCUGUGCGCUACGAUGCAGAGGACCUGGAAGAGUUCUGCUUUAAGUUCUGUGUGAAUCACCUCACUGAGGUGACCCAGACCGCUGCUUUCUGGCAGAUUGACGGCAAUCUGCUCAAAGAUUUCAUUUGUCGGGCCAGCCGCUGUGGAGCCUUCAAAAACUGACUUCAGCCCCAGAUGAUUACAGACACAGAUGCAGAGUCUCGGGGAGUGACUUCUAAAAGGACUUCCGUCGCUCCCAGUUGGCUCCACGUACCUUCACUGACGGUUGGUUACACAUAGGAAAUCUUUAGAUCACCGCCAUUACUCUCCAAUCUGAUAUUCAUCUCAUUCCAGAUUAGAGCCAGUGUGUCCAUUAUGUGAGCUGUACAUACCGGAAUUACAAGGCUGAGUCGACAGGUAGCAGCAUCCUUACACAGUCCAGUUAGAGUAACUCUUUGCCACAGUGCCUGACUGCCUGUUUAUUUACACAUAUUGAUGUAAAGCAGGAGCUGAAGUGCAUUGAGAGGCAUACUAUUGCUUGAUCAAGUUGUUGAUUCUAUUAUCUUGAAAGAUUCUUGCCAGUCGCCUGAUAUCACUUUACUUUUUAUAUUAUUCUGUGUAAUUGACCAAGUUACUUAUUUAGUGUUUGCACUUAUUUUGAAACAUUUUGAAUAUGAUUCUGUUCCUCUUCACUGGAAUCACAUCAUAGUUUGGAUGUGCCAUCUGGAAUCAUGGUUUUCAGGUUGAGGUAUGAGGCUGUUUGCACUUGUAGAUGUCAGGACAGAAUAAGUACUUUUCAAUAUUGGACAUUGACAUAAUCAAGAAUACACAUUCAAGCUUUUUUAUUACGUCUGCUUAGGUCAAACUCCAGUCAGCCAUUAUUAGUCUUAGUGGCCUCCACUGCUGCGAUGUUGAAAGAUGACCCAAAGAGGGGAACUCAGGUUACAAGUGAGCCUCAGAACAUUCAGAGAGAUUCAGUCUUAAACUGCUGAUCAUCUGUGAGCCACGGCUGUGGAUUCCAUAGGUUGGAAAGUGUUAUUUAGUGCAGCUAAAACUAUUUUUAUCGCACAAAACACUUCAGUAGGUGUUAUGUGGCGGUUAAACUUGCCUGGUUGCAAAUGAACGCAGCCAUUAAAAAUCAGUUUACAGUGAGGCGCGUGGCCUAGCUUAACGUGUAUGGGCCUGGACACCUUUUCAUCCACAUCACAUCUACUGUAUGUCGAUAACAGUAGUUUACAGUAUUAACAUUUAUAAAGUCAUUUAGUGACACCUGCACUACUACUGAGUAUUUUGAAGAACACGCUUGCUAAUUUCUAUGCAGGACAUUUCUACUUCAAAAUCAUCAAUUAUGUCUAUUGAUUGAUUUGGAGUAUUAUGAUGUGCCAGUUAAAUUGUGUGACCUCUGCAAGCAAAUUAAUAAAAAGACUCUUGACUCUUGUGUUUUAUGUCAAAUAUAUUGCAAUUAACCCAAAUAAAAAGGAUGUUUUUUUAAUGUA